GGGGCAGCGAGUCAAACUGUUGAUAAAGUCAUAAAACUAGGGAGGGGAAAUGGAAUUUUCGACCCAAAUUUUGUAACGCCCUUCAAAAUUUACUAAUCUCAUCUCAUCCCUUCCUUUCCCUUCGAUGCCGUCCUCCGCCUCAUCUCCUCCUCUUUCCGUCCCCCUCUCCACCCCGGUUUCUGCCGGAUCCGCCCCCGUCGCCAUCCCUGCCUUGCGCCUCUUCCUAUCGCGCCUCAACGAUUCCAUCAACCGCUCUCUCUCCGAUCGCCGCCCCUGGUCUGAGCUCGCCGACCGCUCCGCAUUCUCCCGCCCGGAGUCCUUCUCCGAUGCCACCACCCGCCUCCGGAAGAACCUGGCGUACUUCCGCGUUAACUACGCCGCGGUCGUGGCCUCCGUCCUCGCCGUCUCUCUCGUCACCAAUCCCUUCUCCUUCCUCGUCCUCCUCGCGCUCCUCGUCGCCUGGUGCCUCCUCUACCUCUUCCGCCCCUCCGAUCCGCCCCUCGUGCUCUUCGGCCGCACCUUCACCGACCGCGAGACCCUCGGCGGCCUCGUCCUCCUCUCCGCCCUCGUCGUCUUCCUCACCUCUGUCGGAUCAAUCAUCGUCUCCGCCCUCGUUGCUGGCGCAGGCAUCGUCGCCGCUCACGGAGCCUUCCGCGUCCCGGAGGAUCUGUUCCUCGACGAGCAGGAUCUAGGCAACGCCGCCGGAUUGUUAUCCUUCCUCGGCGGAGCCGCCUCGGCAGCUGUUCCCGUACGCAUCUGAUCCUCAGAUCUGAUGGUUGCUGGUUUCUCCUCCCUAUCGUUUCUUCACCACUGCAUUAGAUCUCACAUUACACGGUAAAAAAAGAUCUUUUUUUUAGAGUGAAAUUUUCAUUUUGAAUCCUUACGAUAAGCUAAUAUUUGAUUAUUUAACAACUAAUUUGAUUCUUUUUAUAUAAUGUACACUAGUUCUGUUCUAACUCCACUUUCUCUUGUUCUGUUCUAAACAUAAUUUGGUUUUUUUAUUACC